ACAAAGGGAAAGAAAAGACAAUGCAAGAAGAUCAAGCAUACACGAUAAUUGUGAGAAUGUCGUCCUCAUGUCAAGGUAAGAGUUCAUGGCCCGAGCUCGUUGGGGCCCAGGGAAAAACGGCUGAAGCAACGAUUGAGAGAGAGAAUCCUCUGGUUAAUGCCCAGAUUGUGAAGGAAGGAUCCUCGGUUAUUUUGAACUUUGAUUGCACUCGGGUCUGGGUUUGGGUUGAUAAAGACGGCGUCGUUACAAGAGUCCCCAUCAUUGGAUAGGAUUCGAAGCUGGUUUGCGCUUAAAAUAACAAAAUUGUCAUUGUACAUUUCAUAUGUUGCUAAUGUAUCUUGAAGGAAAAUAAAACUGGAGUUCGUCUCCUCCAUGUAUGUAUUUUACUUGAUUGGUAAUAAGAUUGGGUUCAUUUAAUUGUCA